AGACAGAGCAGAGGGAGGGACACUCUCUCUCUUUCUCUCUCUCUCACACACACACAUACACACACAUCGACACACACAACCAGAAACUGAAACAGAGCACGACUUGUAAAGCAAGCCCAACCAGGCGCGCUCUCUCUCUCUCUCUCUCUCUAGCUCUGUGUCUCUCUCUCUCCCUGUCCUCGACUCUCAGUUUCCUGCUUUGCUAGGAGGCCAUUUUGUGCUGACUGCAGUCCGGGGCAGUUAACUUUUCAUUGUUGCCUUUUGUUUUGUUUUGUUUAGUUUUUUGUUUUGGGUCCCCUCCCUCUUGUAUUGUCCUGUGGGCUGCGUUUGGACUUUCUCCUCUACAGAGCGGCUCCUUCCUCUGCAGUGGGGACACUGGAUUUCUCCACUUGCUGGCAGCCACUUACACCUCUCCUGCUGUUGGUUUUGAAGAAAGGAGACGAUUUGUGAGCAGGUACCUCAGAGCAGGGGCAGAGGAUCUUUUGCGCCCCUGGAGAGGGUGGGGGGCACGGAGAAGGACAGAGAGACCCAGAGCUUCACCCUUUCUGCCUACGGGGAGAUCCUCCAGCACCCACCGCAGCGGCCCCGUCCCGCUCCCGCCUGCGGGAUGGCCAACGCCAGUCCCUGUCUGCCCUCGGGGCCCCUCUCCCAAGUCUUCUUCCCCCAGGGACGCCCCUCGCCCCCGGGGUCUGUGAUAGUCCAGCACGGGACCCCCGUCGCCAUGCCCUCCGCUGCCGCCACCUCCAGCCCGCACCCGCCCGGAAUCCAAACCAUGGACCUCGGCUUCGGCCCGGGACCCGGGGGUGCGGCCGCGCAGCCGACGCCCCCCGCCCCGACCGGGGUGUCCUUCAUCAUCCAGAUCGGGCUGUCCCGCGAGUCGGUGUUCCUGCCCCAGACGGCCGACCUCGCCUACAUCAAGCAGAUCGCCUGCUCCAUCGUGGACCAGAAGUUUCCGGAGUGUGGCUUCUACGGGAUCUACGACAAGAUCCUGCUCUUCAAGCACGACACGGGCACCAACAACAUCCUCCAGCUGGUCAAGGGCACUGCCGACAUCCAGGAGGGAGACCUCAUCGAGGUGGUUCUGUCAGCGGCCGCCACCUUCGAGGACUUUCAGAUCCGGCCCCACGCCCUGAACGUGCACUCGUACCGCGCCCCCGCCUUCUGCGAUCACUGCGGGGAAAUGCUGUUCGGCCUGGUGAGACAGGGCCUCAAGUGCGACGGAUGUGGGCUGAACUACCACAAGCGCUGCGCCUUCAGCAUCCCCAACAACUGCAGCGGCGCCCGCAAACGGCGCCUCUCCACGACCUCGCUGACCAGCAGCCAAUCGCAGCGGCUCUCCACCACCGAGUCCCUCAGCAGCGUGUUCACCAUGUCCGACGAAACGACUGGACUCGUGAGGUCACACACGCAGAUGCCCCGGACCCCCAGCGAGGCACGCCGCUUCUACACGGGACGUCCCGUCCACCUGGACAAGAUCCUGAUCCACAAAAUGAAGGUCCCCCACACCUUCGCCAUCCACUCGUACACCCGCCCCACCGUCUGCCAGUACUGCAAGAGGCUGCUGAAGGGCCUGUUCCGCCAGGGCCUCCAGUGCAAGGAUUGCAAGUUCAACUGUCACAAGCGCUGUGCCUACAAGGUGCCCAAUGACUGCUUGGGAGAGACUAUAGAAGACAUGCUGAGCCCCAGUGUGGACCCGGAGGUGCCCAUGGACUACAGCAGUGAGUUCGGGGACCCGGACAAAUCGGGCCUGAUGGACGACUCGGACGACGCAGACGCCUGCAGCAUCCCCGGGUCCUUCACCCCGAGCACCUUCCCCGACAGCAGCCAGGAUGGAACCAGUGGAGACCAGAGCUCCAUGGGCUACAUCCCCUUGAUGCGGGUGGUGCAGUCAGUCAGGCAGACCACCCGCCGCUCCAGCACCACCAUUAAAGAGGGCUGGAUGGUGCACUACAGCGACAAGGACACGCUGAGGAAGCGGCACUACUGGCGCUUAGACUGUAAGUGCAUCAUCCUCUUCCAGAACGACACCACCAACAAGUACUACAAGGAAAUCCCCCUAUCGGAGGUCCUGGAGGUGCGUCCUGCGGGAGACUUCACCCUCGUCCCAGCCGGGGCCAGCCCCCACUGCUUUGAGAUCGUCACGGGCACCAUGCGCUAUUUUGUGGGGGAGGAUCCCAACCCGUCCUCCGCACCCGCACACGCCCCCGCCCCCACCCCGUCUCCAGCCUCUUUGGACCCCGCCGGCGUCCCAGCCCCGUCCUCGCCCAGUAGCGUCACGCCAAACAGCGGGGUGGGCCGGGAAGUGGCCAAGGCUUGGGAGAGCGCCAUUCGCCAGGCCCUCAUGCCAGUCAUCUUCCAGGACACGCCCACAGCGCAGGGACACACCCCCCACAGGCAGGCAUCGGUGAACAUCUCUGUCUCCAACAGUCAGAUCCAGGAGAAUGUGGACAUUGGUAUGGUGUAUCAGAUCUUCGCUGAUGAGGUUUUGGGCUCGGGACAGUUUGGAGUUGUGUACGGAGGUAAGCACAGGAAGACAGGGCGGGACGUGGCAGUGAAGGUGAUCGACAAGCUGCGUUUCCCCACCAAGCAGGAGAGCCAGCUGAGGAAUGAGGUUGCCAUCCUCCAGAGUCUGCGUCACCUGGGCAUAGUGAACCUGGAGUGCAUGUUCGAGACGCCGGAGAAGGUGUUUGUGGUGAUGGAGAAGCUGCACGGGGACAUGCUGGAGAUGAUCCUGUCCAGCGAGAAGGGCAGGCUGCCCGAGCGUCUCACCAAGUUCCUCAUCACGCAGAUCCUGGCCGCCCUGAGGCACCUGCACUUUAAGAACAUCGUUCACUGCGACCUGAAGCCGGAGAACGUUCUGCUGGCUUCCGCGGAGCCCUUCCCCCAGGUGAAGUUGUGCGAUUUCGGAUUCGCCCGGAUCAUCGGGGAGAAGUCCUUCCGGCGGUCCGUGGUGGGCACGCCGGCCUACCUGGCGCCCGAGGUGCUCCGUAACCAAGGUUACAACCGCUCGCUGGACAUGUGGUCGGUGGGGGUGAUCAUGUACGUCAGCCUGAGCGGCACCUUCCCCUUCAACGAGGACGAGGACAUCAACGACCAGAUCCAGAACGCUGACUUCAUGUACCCCCCCAACCCCUGGAGACACAUCUCCCCAGAUGCCAUCGACCUGAUAAAUAACCUGCUGCAGGUGAAGAUGAGAAAACGUUACAGUGUGGACAAGAGCCUCAGUCACACCUAUUUGCAGGACUACCAGGCGUGGCUGGACCUGCGCGAGCUGGAGAACAAGCUGCGCGACCGCUACAUCACGCACGAGAGCGACGACAACCGCUGGCAGCAGUUCGCCCAGGAGCACUCCCUGCCCUACCCCGCCCACCUGGUGCCUCCGCCCCCCGCCUCCGACGAGGAGGACGCCGGCGACGACAGCGAGAUGCAGGGCCUGACCGAGCGCGUCAGCAUCCUCUAACCGGGGAAGGGCCGGGGGGAGGAGUCAGGGGAGGGGCCAGGGGAGGAGGCAGGGCUCCAGCUGUGGGUUUGGAGGGUAGUAGCCCUUGGGUGCUGCUUGAUUGGCUCAGUGUCGCGCCACCCGGCCCCGCGCAUCCUUCACUCCCUUUGAAACAACUUUGCUCGAACCUUGCCCCGUCUCCCAUAGAUCACUGAACUUUGAACCCCACCCCCCUCCCCCUCCCCCCCCCAGGUCCCACCAGUGGGUGUCAGCAGUGGGAUCAGUGGGCAAUGGUCGGUGCUCAAAAUCAGACCUGCGAACUGUAGCGCGCACUCUCCGCAGACGAAGUCCAGCCAGCUCACUGAUCUCCUGCCACCGGCCUUUCAUCGGAGAGCGUACACGCCGGCGGUUAUGAAGGAUGAUGAAGACCAUGAGAUACUAGAGACAAUUAAAAAACAACAAUGGGAUGCACUGAUGUGCCUCUCAACAUAUAUAAAUAUAAUAUUUUCUUAGCUGGAUACAGUUGACUGUGACUGUCAGUGAACGACUUUACUAAGUGUAGCGGAGCUUCUUGGGCAAAGAGAAGUAUCACUUCUGUUCAAGCCACCAAGUCCCUCUCAGUAAUUGCCCAAUUCCCUUCUCUCAGUAGCUGAAGUUGCUAUUAAUGACAAAUGUAGUUUCCUAUUGAGAAAAUGGCCACACUGCGUUCACAAGAGAACCUGGUGGGCAAACUGAUGCAGGAUUGAUUGUUUGGACUAGAUAUUUGUUAUUUCUCUUCUGUCUCUGUUGACAUUGUUGCUGUAACUGACACUGCCAUUAAGAGGUGUUGCAAGGGUAUUUACAAGCUUCUUAAGAGGUCCUUACGAAAGGAAGACAAAAAUCAAACAAAAUCUCAACUCCACUCCAUUUGCCAAUGACAACCAGAUAGGAUAAGCAAUCUGGGUUAGCUGGCAAGGCUGAAUACAGUGUGACGGGCAAUGGUGUAGCUUUAGUUCUUUUCUUUUUUUAACAUACUUCUUAGUAUUUUGAAGCAAUUUCUGAAUACCCUGCCAGGUUUGACAGACUUGAUAAGCUUUUGUUUCUAGAAAAGAAAUAGAUUUUGAUCAAUGAACACUGCCUCUAAUCAUUCUUAGAUGUGGGGGAGAAUGGUUUACUUAUUCAUCCAACCAGAGCCCAGUCCUAAAGAAAUCAAAUUAAAUUUUCUAUGAGCCAGAAAGCCACUCAGAAUGACCAAACAAGCUGGAGGAUUUUUAUUAGAAUGAGGAACAGACCGGUUUGCCCUCCCAAACAGCAGAGGGCAGUGUUGCACAUAAACAAACACUUCUCUUAAAUGGCUCUAAGGGGAUCAUCCAAUGAACAACUACAGGCUGCUUGGAAGAGGAGGGCAACUUAAUGGAAUAUUGAUAAUCAAAAAAAUUACAAGCCUUAAAUAGGUUGCAUAGUAAUCUUAGUCAUGGAGGACUUAUUUUGUAUACAUAAUACAUAAUUAUAGGUAGUGUAUGUUUUGGGAAUGUAUGACUAUAUGGAAGAUCCCAGCAUGCUAAUACAAUUUAGUGAAGAAAAA